AUGGAUCAAAGCAGCAAAGGAUGUAUGAAAAAGAUUAGCAGUGUGAAUCUUGACAAACUUAUAAAUGACUUCUCACAGAUAGAAAAGAAAAUGAUAGAAACCAUUGGAAAGAACAAUAUACUGGAUAUCCAGUUGGAAAAGACUAACUGUUUAUUAAAAGUAAUGCAAACAAAUGAGGUCUCAAUUAAAGAAGAAUGUGCUACUCUUCAUGAUAUGAUAAAAGGGCUACAGCAGACCAUUGAAUAUCAACACAAUUUGAAAGGUGAAAAUGAACAAUUAAAAAGAAAUGCUGAUCUUAUAAAAGAGAAGUUAAAAUCUCAUGAACAAGAGUAUAAGAAUAAGAUUGCCAAACUUGUAACUGAAAUGAAAAUCAAAGAGGAAGGACAUAAGAUAGAAAUAAGCAAACUUUAUCAGGACAUGAAGAAAAAAGUUGAAUUAAAUGAAGAAAAGCACAAAGAACUAAUGGAGAAAAAGGAGAUGGAAAUUUCAGAAUUAAAUGCCAAGUUAAGAAAUCAAGAAAAAGAAAAACAAAAUGAAAUAAUCAAACUACAGCUAGAGUUUGAUGCCAAACUAGCAAGAGUUCAAACUAAGUCAAAGCCAUAUGCGGAUUCAACUGUUUUGACGCAAAGUAUCUACAGAAGGAAGCUUCAACAUGUUCAAGAAGAAAAAAACAAGGAGAUUGCAAUUCUUCGUAAUACCAUUUGUGAUUUGGAGCAACGCCUUUCUGUUGGCAAAGAUUCUCAUCUUAAGCGUAGAUGGUUUUGAGUAUAGCAAAUUCAUUAGUUGCUCUUUAAUUUCUUUAAAAGCAAUUGAAAAAUUUUCUUCUCUUUUCAAUAUAAGCAUACUGCCUAAAUAAUAACAAAAAAAGAGACAGCUUUAAACUUUUUAUAUUGAGUUUAUUUAGAAAAAUCCACACCUUAGCCAAUUCUGAACUGCACUCUUGCUUAAUAGUAUUAACCAUAAAGGAGUUCAGGUUUAUAGGGAUUGGUUUACCUAUAGUACCAUCAUUAAUUAUGGAAAUACUCUCUAAGCAGUCUAGAGAUAGACAACAUUCCUUUAUCUUUCGCCUUACAUCUUUCAAAAUAGCCACUGAAAUUUUAGAAGAGUGUGAUACUAUGCUAGGUAAAGAAAACAAAAUACAAAGGCUUUAAUCACAUGUAAUAGUAAAAAUCAAGAUAUGAGUCAUGGAUACAAAAAAGUGGAUAUUUAAGAUGUAGUCAUAUAUGCUUUUCUAGCAAAAUAUUCAUGUGUUAAGUAAAGAUUUAAUCAGUUAAAAAUGUAAGAUUAAAAAAACAAAGAUAAUAUUGUUUUGAGAGUUAAGUAAAGAAAAA